GGGUUAAGGACGUUCCAAGGAUCCCAGAUAGCACUAAGGCUGGAAAGUAUCUCCUUCAUGAAACGAAAGUGUAAACUACUCCGAGUUAAUCUGAGAGGUCUACAUGAGGAUUGACGACAACCGGGGAUGUUCUUAGUUCAAAUCUAAGAUUCCAGGGUGGUGGACCUUCUUCCACUGAGAUGUUGAGGAUUGGAGAACCAUGGCUCAGUUUCAAAGCUUGAUAUGGAUAAUGAACCUAGCUAUCAUUUUGACACUUCUAAACAUUCAGCUCUCUAUUGCAUGUGGUAGAGCAGAGUACAGAACAGGUAUUGAAUGCUGUCCAAUGUGUUCACCAGGAAACCGGGUACAUAAACACUGUACAGAAUUUACAAGUACUUCCUGUGUCCCCUGUACCGACUCCACGUUCCUUGAUGAACCCAGUGGUCUUACAGCAUGCAUACUGUGUACAAACAACUGUGACCCAGGCUUUGGUUUGACGGUAAAGCAGUCAUGUACACCUUCAUCAGACACUGUCUGUGGGACACUGGAGGGGUUCUACUGUAUAGACCCAACUAAGGAUGGUUGUAGAGCAGCCCAGAGACACAGCAGCUGUAAACCUGGUCAAUACAUCAGCCACACAGGAACAAUAUCUACAGAUACUGUGUGUUCUGACUGUACUGGUGACACCUAUUCAAAUGGAUCAUUUACAUGCUGCCAGACACACACACAAUGUGAUACCUUGAAGCUUCAGCAAAUUAAACCUGGAACUCAUCGGUCCGACUCUGAAUGUGGACCACAGACCUCCCCUCCCAUAGCAAUAAUAUCUGCUGUGGUGGUGCUGGUAAUAGCUGUGAUAUCAGCAGUGACGGCAGUAGCUAUUAGAAGAAAAAUGAAAGGUCCUGUAUCUGAGACACAAAGCCCUACAGAGGUAUCAGACACUGAGGGAACAUCAAUGCUGUUUGUGGGAACAAGAACAGAGAGGACUUUUCCAGAGACACAAAGCUCUACAGAGCGCUCCAUUGCAUGUGGUAGAGCAGAGUACAGAACAGGUGAUAAAUGCUGUCCUGUGUGUUCACCAGGAAACCGGGUACAUAAACACUGUACAGAAUUUACAAGUACUUCCUGUGUCCCCUGUACCGACUCCACAAUUUCUGUCCACUACAUGGUUUUCAUUUUGUGCUUGUAUUUGGAAAGGAUUGUGGUCCAGCAGAAUACAAAACUAAUGAUGGUCAGUGCUGCCCAAUGUGUAAUAAAGUCCAACACUCUAACCACUAGGCUACCCUGCCACCCCACACAAUGGAUCGGAGAAAUACGCUUGGUGGUCCGGAGAGAUUGUACAAUAGAGUCCAGCACAUCUUGUAUGCCCUGUAUCAGAGGGACCUUCAUGAACGAGGCCAAUGGUCUAACCAAGUGCUUUCCCUGCAGUCCCUGUGACCCAGGACAGGGCCUGUUCACUCAGACAGAGUGUAAACCAACAAGUAACACAGUCUGCCACAUUCUAGAUGGAUACUACUGUAGAAGCUACUCAUCCAACUCUGAGUGUAGCUUUGCAGUAGAACAUACACACUGUUCACCGGGACAGAGUACUAAAUCACCUGGUACAAAGACAACAGAUACCAUGUGUGAGGAGUGUCAGCAUGGCUUUUACUCACAAUAUGGUGUGAACUGCACUGCUUGGACUGAUUGUGCAGCAAUGGGACGCAUGAAGACUGAAGAUGGAAAUUCUAGACAAGAUGUUAUUUGUAACAAAUUGCCACUAAGGAUCCAUACCACUCUAAUAGCUCCAAUAUUAUUAUUAGGCCUAACAGUUGCUGCACUGUUUGGUGUCUACCUGGCAAGAGCUAAACGUAAGAAAGAGCUGCAUGAAUUCUAUGAGGUUCCUGUGCAGGAAACGGGACAUCUACAAGUAUCUACCAGUAACUCCCUAGAGGAAACAGCAGAAAAUGUGCCUGGUAAUGUUGUAGCUGAUGUUCCACUAAACUGAGGAAGUGCCAUGAAUGCCUGCAGAUACCCAGAAGGCACCUGCAUUUUGACUAAUAAGUGCACUUAUCUGGAGUUGACUAUUUAAUACAGGGACAGAAAUUGGUUAACUUUAUCCACCUGUUCUUAUAUCUACCAAAACAUUGUCACUUUUUACUUACAUUUUUUAUAUUAACAGUACCUGUGCAUUUAACAAAAAUAUUAAAAUGUCACGGUUUGAAACACCUGAACUGUUUUGAUGAUUGUUUGAAUAACAAUUCAAUUGUAUUCCCAUGUUUUAAAUAGCCACCCUUUGCCUUGACAGCUUUGCACACUCUUGGCAUUCUCUCAACCAGCUUCAUGAAGAAGUUACCUGGAAUGUAUUUCAAUUAACAGGUGUGCCUUAAAAGAUAAGGUCAGUCAAUACGGAACAUUUCAAGAUCUUUGAAAGUUUCAAGUGCAGUCGCAAAACCCAUCAAGCGCUAUGAUGAAACUGGCUCUCGUGAGGAAUGCCACAGAAAGAGAAGACCCAGAGUUACCUCUGCUGCAGAGGAUAAGUUCAUUAAACAAAAAAUGUUAACUAGGCAAGUCAUUUAAGAACAAAUUCUUAUUUACAAUGACGGCCUAGGAACAGUGGGUUAACUGCCUUGUUCAGGGGCAGUAGUUUGGGCUUAGUCCCGCUAUCGUUUGUUUUUCAACAGAACAAUGACCCAACACACCUCCAGGCUGUGUAAGGGCUAUAUUACCUAGAAGGACAGUGAUGGAGUGCUGCAUCAGUUGACAUGGCCUCCACAAUCCCCCAACCUCAACCCAAUUGAGAUGAUUUGGGAUGAGUCGUACCGCAGAGUGAAGGAAAAGCAGCCAACAAGUGCUCAGCACAUGUGGGAACUCCUUCAAGACUAUUGGAAAAGCAUUCCAGGUAAAGCUGAUUUGAGAGAAUGGCAAGAGUGUGCAAAGCUGCCAUGGCAACGGGUGGCUAUUUGAAGAAUCAUAAAUCAAAUAUAUUUUGAUUUAACACUUUUUUGGUUACUACAUGAUUCCCUAUGUGUUAUUUCAUAGUUUUGAUGUCUUCACUAUUUUUCUGCAAUGUAGAAAAUAGUAAAAAUAAAAACACUUGAAUGAGUAGGUGUUCUAACACUUGA